AUGGGACAUCAAAUUUCUAAAGAAGAUAAUGGAGAACAAAGCAAUAGUAAUAAUUUAAAGAAAGAACGUAGAUAUACAACCAACAGUAGUAAUCUACAUUUCCUUUAUCAACAAGAAGAAGGAAUUGGAAUUAAUUAUAAAACAGGAUCAGCAAAUAACAGUUUGAGCAAUAGUACUAAUAGUAAUAAUAAUAAUUAUAAUAAUACAAAUAGUAGUAAUAAUAAUAAUAAUAGUGGAAAUAACAAAAAAAUAACAGAAAGUACAAGUUUAGAAGAUUUUAAACAAUUUUCAACCACACUUUCAAUUUCAAGUACAACACCACCUGACACACCAAUAAUUUCUUAUAAUAAUAGUAAUAAUAAUAAUAAUAAUAAUAAUAAUAAUAAAUCAAAUAAAGCUGUACAUUUUACAAGAACAAGAUCUAGAUCAUUAAAUAUAACAAAUACAAGUAGAAAUUUAAAGGUUACAUCAUCUCCAAUCAUAGAUAGUCAGGUAUGCGCACCAAAUAACAGUUAUAAUAGUUCAAUUCAAUCUUUAAAUUCAUUAUCAUCUACAAAUAGUUUAUCAAUCAAUACAAAUACAAAUACAUCAUCAUCAUUAUCAUUAUCUUCAAAUUCUUCAAAUAAUAGUUUAUCAACUCUAACUAAUACAACUACUACAACAACAACUACUACAACCACUAAUACAACACAACAACAACAACCUAUAAAAGGUAGAAAAUCAAAAUCAAGUAACGCAUUAUUUAAAUCAUUAAGAUCAUCUUUAACAGGUUCUUCAAGUAGUAAUAGUAAUAGUGGUAAAAAGAGAUCAUCUUCAAUAUCCUCUAGUACAAAUAGUUUAGAUAUAAAUAGCGCCAAUAAUAAUAAUAAUAAUAAUAAUAGUUUAAAAGUAUCAUCAAAGAAAUCAUCAAAAGGGGGUUCACCAAAUUCAAGUACAGAAUCACUUCAAUCUUUAUCAACAUCAGCAUCAGCAUCAUCAUUAACAUCCACACCACCAUUACCACCAAAAAGUAAUGCUUUUUCAAAAUCUCAAAAUUCAAGUGCAUCAUCAUUAAAUAAACAAGUUAUAUCAUCAUUACCACCAUUAGCACCAACAUCAACAUUAACAACAACAACAACAAAUUUAGAAGUUUCAAAAGAAUCUUUAAAGCCAUCAUCAACACCAAUUGAUAAUAAUUCUGUAGCAGAUUCAUCCUACAAUAAUAAUAAUAAUAAUAAUAAUAAUAAUAAUAAUAAUAAUAAUAAUAAUAAUAAUAAUAAUAAUAAUAAUAAUAAUAAAAAUAAUAAUAAUUUACUUGAUAGAUUAACAGAUCAAUUACAUAGAGAUCCUUUCUUUUAUAAUACAAAUACAGCAUACCAAGAAGAGAAUAUAAUAGUUGAAGAGGUCGUAGUAAAAGAGGAAGAGAAAUCAUUACCUCCAAAGAAAUUACCACCACCUUUACCACCUAAAAACUUUAAACAAACAACAACCACCACCGCAACAACAACAACAACAACAACCACAACAAUGAAUCCACCAUCACCAAUAAUUCAAAAUGUAAAUAGAAAUAAUAGUAGUAGUAAUAAUAGUAGUAGACAUGAAUUAUUGAGAAAAUCAUCAGGUAUAUUACCACCACAAACUGAACCAACCUAUCCAAGUGAAACAAGUUCAAAGAGAUCAUCAGUUGAGAUUAAAUAUUUAGAAGAGAAUCAUAAAUAUCAAAUAUUUGAUAGAUUGGGUAGUGGAACAUUUAGUGAUGUUUAUUUAUGUAUUAAUAAAGAGAAUGGUAAACAAUAUGCAAUGAAAAUCAUUGAUAAAUCAUUAGUGACAAUGAUUGCACAACAUACUGAUAUGAAAGUUGAGACAGAGGUAAACAUACUGAAACAAUCAUUUCAUCCUCACGUAAUUCAAAUCAUUGAUCAUUUUGAAAGCGAACUUUAUUAUUACAUUGUCACUGAAUUACUACAAGGUGGUGAACUCUUAUAUCAAUUAGAAAAGAAUCAUCCCUCAACCAAUGAAAACGUUUCAAACUACACUGAAGAACAUGCUAGAAAAAUCAUUAAACAAGUCAUUCAAGCUGUUGGAUUCUUACAUUCAAAUAAAAUUGUACAUCGUGAUCUUAAACCUGAAAAUAUCCUAUUCCGAGAUAAAUCAUUAGGUUCAAUUUUAAAAAUUAUUGAUUUUGGUUUAGCUUCAUAUGUUGAUCAUGAUUGUAAUUGUAAUAAUAAUAAUGAUAAUAAUAAUAAUAAUAAUAAUAAUAAUAAUAAUAAUACAAAUGGUGAAGUAAUACAACCAUCAUCACCACCACCAACAAAAUUAAUUGAUGUUUGUGGUACACCAGAAUUUCAAGCACCAGAAAUGGUAAAGAGAUUAGGAUAUUCAUAUCCAGUUGAUAUUUGGUCAACUGGUAUCAUUUUAUAUAUUUUAUUAUGUGGUCAUCCACCAUUUCAAGGAAAGAAUAAUAUGAUAGUUAUGAGUUUAAUUAUAAAGGGUGAAUUAAAUUUCGAUUCAAGUGUUGGUUGGGAUAAUGUUUCAGAGUCUGCAAAGGAUUUAAUUAGAAAAAUGUUAAAUCCUGAUCCAGAGAAACGUUUAACAGCUCAACAAGUAUUAUUACACGAAUGGAUUACUACCUCUAGUGAUGUUAAUGGUUCCCCUCAAUUGGGUGCUCCUUUAUUCUAUAAACAACUUAGAAGAUAUAAUUCUCAACGUCACUUUGAAAAAAUUGGUGAUACUCUUUUAAAAUCUCAAAGAUUUAUUUAUAUGUCACCAGAAAAAGAUUAUUUAAAAAGAAGAUCAAUACAAUUAUAA